CGACUCCCGUCCUCAUUGGAGGAAAUUUAAAUAGAGACGGCGGUAGCGGCGGCGGCUGUGUGUGGAGAACUAAGAUCGCAGCUGCCAGAGAGACGAAUUGCUAGAGACCGGAGAUCCUGGCGGCGGGGGAUCCCCUGUGUAACCACCUGAGCCCGGUGACAUCUUUUACACAGUAUGAAGCCAAGCGAAGACCAUCGCGCUCAUCCUAGACCAUCCUAUCUUGGAGAGGACAUAAACUAUCCAGAAAGAGAUGGACCACAAGAGAUCGAUGACAUCAGAACAAAUCUCUUUGAGAAAUUUUCAUUGCUGGGAGAGUGUGAAGCUGACACCACGCAGAAAAGCUCAUUGGACACUAAAGAGCACAUGCAUGUAUACCUUCGUGUCCGGCCCUUUACUGCGUCUGAAGUUGAGCAUAAUGAGUCACAGGAUUGUGUCAGCAUUCCGGAUUCCUGUAGUGUUUUAGUGAAGGCCCCACUUAAUUCACAGGCAUGUCGGCUAAGUGACAAAAGCAGUGGUUCUGUGGCUCAGAAGUUCACCUUUACUCAUGUGUUCGGCCCUGAGACAACACAAAGUCAGUUUUUUGGGGGCACUUUAAAGAAGCAAGUGAUAGAUUUUAUGACUGGUCAGAAUCGACUAAUUUUUACGUAUGGUGUUACCAACGCUGGUAAAACGUUUACAUUCCAAGGCACAAAGGAUGAUGCAGGUAUUUUACCAAGAUCGAUGGAAAUGCUUUUUAAUACAAUUGAAGGAAAGGUAUAUAACAAAAUGGAUAUAAAACCUCACCGAUGUAGAGACUACGUAAGACUAACAAAAGAACAAGUGAAAACAGAAGCUGCAUUUAAAAAUGGUGUACUUCGUCACACAAAGGAGGUUGAUUCUCAGUGUAGCAUUCGGAGUAACAACAGUAGGACAUCUGCAGACACAACUGAUUUUCUAAGUGAUGAAGUUGGAGGACCCUCAAACUCUUCUAGAGUCCAUUCUGAGUAUGAAGAUACUUUAGGAGAAGAGUUCAAGUUGGAUGUAGAUGGAUCUAUAAAAUUCUCGGUUUGGGUUUCCUUCUGUGAGAUAUACAAUGAGUGUAUUUAUGAUCUACUGGAUCCCAUAUCAGGGGACAAAUUUUAUAAAAGAAAAACAUUAAAGCUUGCCCAGGAUAUUAAAGGAUUCUCUUUUGUUAAAGAUCUCCAAUGGAUACAGGUUUCUGAUGCUAGAGAGGCAUGCAGGAUUCUUGCUUUGGGAAAAAAGUUUCAAAGUAUUGCUUUCACAAAACUAAAUAGUUCCUCAAGUAGGAGCCACAGUAUAUUUACUGUUCGACUAUUAAAAAUUGAAGAUGCGGAUGUUCCUCGAGUAGUAAAAGUCAGCGAGUUGGCGCUUUGUGACCUGGCUGGCUCUGAAAGAUGCACUAAAACUCACCACGAAGGGGAAAGGCUGAAAGAAAGUGGGAAUAUAAAUACUUCUUUACUGAUUCUUGGUAAAUGUAUCAAUGCAUUGAAGAACAGUCAGCAUUUAAAGGCCCAGCAGCAUGUACCAUUUAGAGAAAGCAAGCUUACACACUACCUUCAGAGCUUUUUCAGCGGCAAAGGAAAAGUGUCCAUGAUUGUCAACAUCUGUCAGUCUGCCUCUGCUUAUGACGAGACUCUUAAUGUACUAAAGUUUUCAGCGGUUGCUCAAAAGGUUCUAAUUCUGGAUUCAUGCCAGGCUUCAGAAAAUCUGUCAUAUGCCCAAAGAAAGAGUGCCAGGGAAGUUUCCUUUAUAAUAAAUAAUGCUGACAACAAGAUGUGGGUAUCAAGAAAACGAGCAACUGUACAGUGGGACUCCCGCUUAGAAGAUGUUCUAGAAGAUGGAGAUGAGCAGUAUGAGGAUAAUUCUGAUGAUGAAGAGUGCCUGGACUGUACCAAUAUAGAGGAACAAGAUGAUGAUAAUGAUGAAGAAGUCCUCAUUAAAAAAGAGGCUUAUGAGAAACUGCUGGAACUUGUAGAAGAUCUAAAAAUUAAACUGGUUAAUGAGAAAAAAGAUAAACUUCUGAUGGAACUUAAAAUCCGAGAAGAGGUCGCUAAUGAGUUUACUCAACACUUCAUGCAGCGUGAGAAUGACUUCAGUGAACGUUUGCAAAAGGAAAAAGAGCUGAUGGAAGAAAGGUGUGAUGAAAGGAUAGAGAUCUUUCAGGAUUUGGUGAGAAAAUGUUCCAGUGAAACAAAUGAGGAAAAAGAAGUCGACAAAGAAUUUUGCAGUGUUACAGAACCUGCUGAUCAGGUAGAAGACCCCAGCAUGCAUCUUGAAGAAUUCUUCUCUUCUAUGCAGAAUAAUCUGGGAGUAAUCAAAAAGCAGGCAUUGGAGGCAUAUAAUCAUAUUGCUGCUAUCCAGGAUGACCCCAAAGCCAUCACUGAUCUGCAGGAGAAACUAAAGCAAGCUGCAGCUGAUCUUCAUAAGUCACAGGAAGAGCUAAAAAGGAAGUCUGCUGAUUUGGAGACUCAGAUUGAGCAGUGCUCAAGAAUAAGUCUUCAACUGGAAGAGGCCGAUCAGAAACUAUCAUCCCAAAGACAACAGAUUGAUCAGAUCAUGGACAUGAUUCAACAAAAGGAUACCGCAAUUGAGAAACUUAAAGACUUGGUAUCUCACUGGGAAGCUAAAUGUGAAGACUGUGAGAAAACUGGAAACCGCAUUGAAGGAGAGAGGAUUAAAGACGGCAGCAAUGCAGAUUCCAUUACCCGGAAGCGGCCCACUGAUGCGCUCCAUGAUUCCGAGGAUCAGCCUCCCUCAAAAAAGAAAGAACUUCGUGAAAUUAAUAACACUAACAUGGAAAGCGAUCAAAUGCAAAACAAUGCCUUAAAGAAUACACUGCGUGAGCUGAAGGAUACUAAAGUUGAAAAGGAGAAAAACGAAGCACAGGUAGUCAACCUCACUCAGACUGUUGCAGAGUUGGAAGAGAAGCUUGCCAGAUGUCAAGAACAAGUGAUUCAUCUGGAAUCCGGAAAAGAAAACGUAGUCACUGAACUGCAGACCCAAAAAGAUCUCACACUCCGGCUAGAGGGAACAGUUGAAAUGUUAAAGCAGGAGAUAGAUCAGCAUCAAUUAAACAUUGCCAGCAAGGUUGACAAAAUCAAAACUAUUCAAAGUAAGCUGGAUGACUUUGGCAAGAGUGAGCCAAAGGAGUAUCCUGGUGAGGUAGAUUUUUUUAAUCUAAAUAACAUGAUGGCGGACUCAUCCACGAGACACUUUGACGGAAAUGAGAGUCAGCCUGAAAAAAUGGUUUCAGGCAGAGAGAGUGCGUUUUACAAUGCUGUUGAAGGUCUGUGGAGAAAAUGUCAAGAAGUUCUCCAGGAAUCCGUCAAAAAGAACAAGCUGAUCCAGCAUCUUGAAAAACAGCUGGAUGACCUACAAAACCAAUUGUCUUUACUACGAAACACAAAGGAUGUUCAGCAGAACCAGGUGUCUUCCCAAUGCUGCCUUUUGAAGGAAAAAGAUGAACUGAUUGUCCAGCUCAGAGAACAAGUGUUAGACCUCAGCAACCAUUUGGAGAAACACAAAAAGCAAGAAAUUGACUAUAAGAGUGAGUUAUUAUUGAACAGUCAACAGAUAAAGGAUUUGGGGCUCCUUGCAGAUUCUUACAAAGAUCAAUCUGAAAAACUUAAUGGCUUAGAAGAAAAGAGCAAGGAAAAAUCUGUUGCCAUUGAAAGAUUGGAGAAACAUUUGGCAGAACUCCAGACGGAGCACAUGGACUGUGAAAAGAACAUAAAAACACUAAAUAAUGAGAAGGCUGAAUUAGAAGAAAAGAUUAGAAAUAUGCAGGAAGCAUUUGCAGCUGCUGUAUGUGCUAAGACCGAGAGCGAGAAACAAGUCAGAGAGUCAACGGAGGCAAUGGAACUGUUAAAGAAAGAGCUCCUGCAGCAAACUGGUCAGCUAAAUCUGGUUCAACUGGAGCUUCAGAGAAAAGAGGAAGAUUAUACAGAGUUCAAAGAUAAAUUAACGGAUGCCAAAAAGCAAAUACAGCAGGUGGAGAAAGAGAUCUCUACAAUGCGGGAAGAGAAGAAGACACUAACCAACAAAAUGAAUGACUAUGAAAAACUGAAGAAGCAGAUGUCCUGUGAACUGGAAAUGAAACAGCGGACAAUUCAGCAGCUGAGCAAGGAACACCGUGAUAAUGAGAAAAUUGAAGACACAAUGCAGCUUUACCAGAAGGCAUGUCACGAUGUGAAGACUAAGGAAAAGAUAAUUGAGGACAUGAAGAUGACUCUUAUUGAGCAGGAGCAGACUCAGGAAGAACAAGAGCGAGCACUUGAAGCUAAAGUAGAAGAAGCCGCAGCAUUAUCUGAAAAAUUGGAAAUGUGGAAGCAAAGGUAUAGAGAGCUUGACAAUGUCUCUGGCAAGGAAACUCUGACCAAGCUGAGCUGCGGAAUUAAUGAGAAUACAGAGGCUGGCAAUGCAGAAAUGACCAAGCUACAGAACCGACUAAAUGAGUUUGAAGAAAAAUACAGCAAUGAUAGAAAGAACUGGUUAGAGGAGAAAAAGUCCCUUAUUGCACAAGCUAAAGAAUCGGAGAGUCAGCGGAACAGAGAGAUGCGAAAGUUUGCAGAGGACCGAGAGCGCUAUUCCAGACAACAGGCAGAGAUGGAACAACUCUCCACACAACUGUCUGAGAAAAACAGCACGCUUCAAAAGUGGCGGGAGGAACGGGACAGCCUCCUGUCAGCACUGGAACAGCAGCUAAAAGGCUUACUUACCAGCAAUGCAGAGAAGGACAGAAAGAUUGAAAAUAUGGAAAAAGCUAUCAACGCAAACACAGGAGGGGAGUCUUCUGCCAUGGAGGAAAUGAAGAGGCAGCUGGCUGCAAGGGAAGCUCUGGUCAAGGAGUUACAGGACAAACUAGUAGAAAUAGAAGAAAAGGUGGUGAAACCACAAGCUGCCAUAACUGAUGAACCUGAAGCGGUAAACCUGCUGAGCAAUGUUUCCAGAGAGGCAAAAUCUUCCACAAGCAGUGAUGUUUCUGUAGGUGACAGUCAGUCACAGGAUGGGUCGGAUACAGUGUUAGACUCCUCUAUGAUUUCUACAGCAAAUGGAAAAGCCAGCAGGUUUCCGAAACCUCAGAUGGAAAUCCGAUUCAGUCCCGUCAAGCCUAACAGAAUGGAAGUAAAACAUCAUGGGGACGAUUCGCCAAUAACUGUGAAAAUAUCACGAAUGACAAGAAAGCGGAAGAGUAAUGAAAUGGAGCAGAAUAAAAUUCUUUCAAGCUGCUGGAAAAUGACUUGUAAAGAGACAGAUAUGUCUGCCAACUUUUUUCAGGAUACUGUAAGAAAUGAAAAUCGGAAAAAUACAAGAACAAAUAAAAUGACCCCUUCACCUUUGCCACGUCCUUCCAUUAACAGCUAUGAAUCAAAGAAGCUCACAUUGAAAAAACAGCCAUCUACUACAAGUACUGCAUCCAGCCGGAAAAAAGAAGGUACACUACAAAAACUUGGCGAAUUUUUACAAAGUUCUCCAUCCAUCUUCCAGACCAAAGCAAAAAAAAUACUUGAAACAAUUGGGGCCCCAAAGACGUCAGAUGUAAAGGCCGGCAAAAAAGAUGAUGAAAAUAAGUCCAAAAAAAGGCGAAAGUUGUACACCACUGAGAUCUCUGCUCCACUAGACAUCCCUGCUCACGCGAUCAUUAUGGACACUUAUGAAAAGGAAAGUGACCAUCUUAUAAUGAAGAGGCGACUAAGAUCAAGAACAGCCAAAUAAACGUUUUCUUGUUCAUUUAUACUGUGGUCUAUAGCAAAUAUGUAGCUACGUGUUAUGCUGCUUUUUUAUAGCCUUACUGUACAAAUUGAUAGUUAUUUUCCCCCACAAAAUGAAGAUUAUCAAAGCAUGGUUACUGCCUUGUAUGUAAAUGUAUAUCUUGAGCUUUAUAUAUUCGUAAGCAUGCAAUAUUUACAUGUACUUUUUGGUACAUUACUGAAUAAACAUAAUCCAGUGCUUACAUUUAA